AGCCACCAACAUGGAACUCAGGCUGCUGGUGGUUUGGGGCCUGCUGUGGCUGGAUGGCUGGCUGGUUCAGGCCCAGACUUUCUCUUCAUCAAAGUCAGAAUCCAGUUCAUUCUCAUGGAGUGGCCUGAACAUACCACACAAUUUCUUGAAUUUAACAGGGCCAAAAUCAAACCCUAUUUCAUUCAGUAACCCUAAAAAUCUGUAUCUCAUGUUUGAUCGUCCAACAGAACCACUUUUUGUGCCUAAAGGAAAAGACAGCAAAAUUGUAUUCAAGCUGCCAACUGACUAUCUGCCAUCUCGUUUCCAAUCUGCAGUUUCUGAACUAAUAAAUCGAUGGAGUGGAGUUAAUAAUGCACAAGAGUUAGAAGUGAAGCCUAUCAAGCCACCAGACAUCUCAUUCCCCCAGAGCCUGGGUCGUCAAGAGAGUUUCUCUCCUUUUAUACCACAUCACAGAAGAAUGGCUACAUAUUUGACAGAAACACUUGUAGGAAUGCGGUCGUUUGAGGAUUUCUUUUCCAUGUCAGUCUACUGUCAUGACCGUAUCAACCCAUACAUGUAUGCUUAUGCAUUAUCAAUUGCCAUGAUAAAUAGAAAGGACACACAAAAUCUACCUCUGCCACCACUAUCUGAAGUGUUUCCAGACAGAUUCAUGGACAGUGCAGUUUAUGCACGGUGUCGAAGAGAAGCUAAUGUUGUUGGUGAAGGAAGCAGGAGACCAAUUGUGAUUCCUCGUGACUACACAGCUUCUGAUCUGGAAAUAGAACAUCGUAUUGCAUACUUCAGAGAAGACAUGGGUGUUAAUCUGAUGCACUGGCAGUGGCAUCUUGUCUAUCCAAACACUGGAUCAAUCGAUCUCGUAAAUAAAAAUCGCCGUGGUGAACUUUUUUUCUAUUUCCAUCAUCAAGUUCUUGCAAGAUACAAUUUUGAGCGAUUAUCCAACAAACUUGGUCGUGUGAAGCGUUUGCUGAAUUGGCGUGAACCUGUAGAGGAGGGAUACUUUCCAAAGCUGGAUAAUGUUGUCUCUAGUAGAGUUUGGCCACAGCGUCAUUCAGGUGCUAUCCUAAGGGAUGUAAAUCGAGUACUCCAGCGACUUAAAGUUGACAUCCAGGACAUGGAAAGGUGGCGUGACCGGCUGUACGACGCCAUCCACAGUGGAGCUAUUAUAAAUUCAAGAAAUGAAAUAGUUCAGUUGACAGAAUUCGAAGGCAUUGACAUCCUUGGUAACCUGCUUGAAGCAAGUGCACUUUCUCUUAAUCCAAACUACUAUGGUGACCUUCACAAUUUUGGACAUGUGUUGAUGGGCUAUUGCCACGAUCCUGAUGGGAGACAUCUGGAAAGCUUUGGUGUUGUUGCUGAUUUUGCAACAGCCAUGAGGGAUCCCAUAUUCUACAGAUGGCAUGCAUUUGUGAAUGGCAUCUUCCUGGAACAUAAGAAUCUUCUACCAAGAUACACAGUUCAGCGGCUUGGCUUUGACAAAGUUCGUGUAACAGGUGUAGAAAUCAUAGCAAAAGAGUCAGAAAGGAAUACAUUAUUCACAUUCUGGCAAUGCAGUGAUGUGGAUACCUCAAGAGGAAUUGAUUUUGCACCACGAGGAUCAGUGUUUGUUCGUUUUACUCAUCUGCAGCAUUUACCAUUUGUCACUAGAAUUUUGAUUGAAAAUAACGGUGCUCCGCGACUGGGAACUGUUAGAAUUUUCAUGGCACCUAAAUUUGAUGAACGUGGUCUUUCAAUGCUCUUUGAAGAUCAGAAGGACCUUUUCAUUGAAAUUGACAAGUUUGCUGUGCAAUUGAACAGUGGGCGAAACAUCAUACGUCGUAGUUCAGAGGAGUCAUCUGUAACAAUACCAUAUCAGCGUUCAUUUAGGAAUUUAACAGGGGUUGGAGAUAAACCUGAGGAGGCUUCAUAUACAUUCUGUGGCUGUGGUUGGCCACAACACAUGUUGAUUCCAAAGGGGCAGGCAGAUGGAUUACCAGCAGAGUAUUUUGUGAUGGUGUCUGAUGGUGCUCAAGACAAGGUUGACCAGCCUCCAUCAGAUAAUACUUGUCGACCUGCUCAUAGCUACUGUGGCAUUCAGAAUCGCAACUAUCCAGACCGUCGCAACAUGGGAUAUCCUUUUGAUCGUAUGCCACGUGCAGAUGCCAGUACAUUACGUGAAUUCCUGACACCAAACAUGGGCUUGAUUGAUGUGCGCAUAGUACACCAUGAAAUUACCCUUGACCACAAGGGGCAACCAAUGGACUGUACAUGAUCAUCAUGUAUUGUCUAUCCAGCACAGCAGAUGUGCAGGAUGGAACAUUUCUUAUAUAUGAGACAUAACAGUGAAAAAUUAUAAGAUAGUUACAUUUUUAGUUUCCUUCCUUCAAGCUU